UUUUGAAAGGGAACUUUUGCAGCGGGUUACAUUUGCAGUCACCUCGGUGUUUGCAAAUAUUGAGUAGGCUUCUCGGCAACUAUCUUCUGGAGAGCGAGCGAGCGAGCGAGCGAGCGAGAGCGAGCGAGCGAGAGCCCCAGGAGUGGAAGGCAAUCUCGACAGCAGCAUCGAGGAGACUGCAAAAAAAAAGCUACAGAAAAAAGCGAAAACAACGAAAGCCAACCAGCCAAAAGAGAAGGGCCAAAAAAAGAACCUUUGAUCUAUUGCUGUGCAAUUAAACUUUGCAUGAAACUUUGCUUUUUUUAAUAUUAUUUGAAAUAUAUAUACGUUUAUAUAUAUAUAUACUCAUACAUAUAUAUAUAUAAAUAUAUAUAUAUAUAUAUAUAUUAUUAAAAAAAAACUUCGUCUGAAAUUCUGAACAGGAAUUUUAUAUAUAUCUAAAUAUAUAUAUAUUUAGCCGUAGAUUGCUAUUUUUUUCCCCUUUAAGGUACUUUCUGCUGGGUGAUAUUUCUCCCCCUUUUUUUGUGAUUUUAUUCUUUUUUUCUUUUUUUUUGCUUUGAUUUCGGUGGUCUUUGGAGGAGGAGGAGGAAGUGAGACUUUUGUAAAUAGCCGGUUGUAUUUCUGUCACCGUCACCUGCUGUGGCAAUUACAGCCGAGAGCCGGAGCUGCUCUGCUCUUCCGACCUGCGGGAAAAAAAAAAGACCCCAGCGAUCGGACGCUCGUCUUUGCCGGAGGGCUCCUGGUUGCAACUUUUCUUCCCUACCCGUCCCCCUUUCCCCCCCACGAGAGGCAUGGAUGUACUACCAAUGUGUAGCAUCUUUCAGGAACUCCAGAUUGUUCACGACACUGGUUACUUCUCCGCCUUGCCAUCUCUGGAGGAAUACUGGCAACAGACUUGCUUAGAGCUGGAGCGAUACCUUCAGAGUGAGCCCUGCUACGUGUCCGCCUCUGAGAUAAAAUUUGACAGUCAGGAAGAUUUGUGGACCAAAAUAAUUUUGGCACGGGAGAAGAAGGAAGAAUCUGAACUAAAGACAGCAAGUGCUCCAAAGGAGGACAACCUUAACAAUCAGACUUUAGAGACUAACAGUUUGAAUUCUGAUAUCAGUAGUGAAUCUUCAGAUAGUUCCGAGGAACUUUCUCCUACAACAAAAUUUACCUCGGAUAUCAUAAAUGAUGUCUUAAACUUGGCCAGUGCUGGAAACUUGAAUUCAUCUGUCACUUCUACUCCUCCUUCUUCCCCUGAGCUGGGAAAGGAGUCAUCUUCCCAACCAUGGAAUUGUGCCCCCAGUGAAUUGCAUUCACCUGGCAAAAUCCGUACUGGUACUGGCGGAAAGACUGUGGAAAAAGGUACCCUGGUCACUAGUGAUGCCUCUCCUGAUGGGAGGAGGCGGGUUCAUCGCUGUCACUUCAAUGGAUGCCGGAAGGUUUAUACCAAAAGUUCACAUCUGAAAGCACAUCAGCGUACCCAUACAGGAGAAAAGCCUUACAGAUGCUCAUGGGAAGGAUGUGAGUGGCGUUUUGCAAGGAGUGAUGAGCUAACCAGACAUUUCAGAAAGCACACGGGUGCAAAACCUUUUAAGUGUAAUCACUGUGACAGGUGCUUCUCCAGGUCUGACCAUCUGGCUCUUCACAUGAAGAGGCAUCUCUGAAUGAUUGGAAGCUUGUGGGCUAAGAGGCAUCGAGGUCAAGCUGGCCUUGGAUUAAAAGAUGCAUAUUCCAGCCAAAGCAUGCCAUUUUGCACCCUAACUCAGUGGCCUCCAGGUCCUCCCUUCCUUGGAAGGUUUUUAGAGGGCUAGAUAAGUCAUGUAAGAAAUGGCUGCAAUGACCAUAUGGUGCAGGUCUCCAGCCCAGGGGACCAAACCUUCCGAAUGGCUUUCCGACGCCUUCUGCCAUGAGCGAACUGGGAGUGUUAAUGAAUGGACAACUUGUGUGUUAUGGAGGAUCUACUGGAUGACUGGAUGCUGAGGCACAUUUUUUUUAAAGAAAAAACAAAACAUUUGUUCCUUGUUGUUUUCUAACCGAAAGAGAGAAAAAGUUGUCUGAACGUGGGAUUAUUUUUUAUUUUAAUUUUAUUUUUAACUUGGGGGGGGGGGGAGUGCUUCAUGUGAAGAGUGUUAUGUAAGAUGGAAGGAUGUGCAUCCUUUUGACGGGGGAGGGGGGAAAUUGUGUCUGCACCUUUUUUUUUUUUUUUCCCCUUUUAUAUUUGGUUUCUGAAGUGGGGAGAUGGAAGGGAGGGAAGGAAGGAAGGAAAAUCAGAAUAGAGAAGUGUUGGCAUGGGCCCCUAUCCUGUGUGAAAGGCGAUUGGUGUCUGGUCCAGCUAUUAAAUGUGCAAUGUCUCCCGUAGCUUGUCUGACUUGCUACAGAGCUCAUUUGUAAUCCAUUGUAUAAGCUGUGUAUUUACAAUAUAACACAACCUAUAACUUCUUUCAUUAUAAUACAAAGGUUAUUGCAUGGUUCUGGAGAACUAGAUGCUUUCCCAUUCUGUAAUCAGGACUGCCAUUUUUCUCUCUCUCUUUCUCUCCCUCCCUCCCUCCCUUUCUCUCUCUCUCUCUCUCUCUCUCACUCACUCUCUCUCUCAAUUCCAGUUCAAAGCUGCUACACUGCAAUUGAUUUAAUGUUACAUAACAUACCAAACCCAAAUAGUAUUUUUUUUUCCUCCUUGAAUUACUUUUUGCUUUGUCCUAUUGGGUGGAUAAAACCACUGUAGAUUAGAGAUGGUUAUUUUU